CUUUGACUUCCGGACUCUAUUACAACUUCUGAUCGAUUAAUAGAUUCUUUUGCGAGUUAAACGACGCGCGUUGACAGCUUGUCAACAGAAUUCCCAGGAGUAACUGCUUUCGGAAAAUUCCUAUAGAGUCUGUAAACCUCGAAGCAAGACCAGAACAGUUCUAGAGACUGCAGACCAGCUAUGAUACUAUCUGACCAUCCGCCAACCUGGAAUUUAUCAGGAGUCCACAGUUAUCGUCUUUUAUUACUCUUUGCUUCCUGUCUUGGUGGAAUGUCAGUCCCUGAUGCCGUGAAAGUGAGGGAUACUGCAAUUAUCCCUUGCCUCAAGACAUGUAAUGGGGAUAUUUUAUGGGCAUUAACAACUAAAAAUGAAAAGUUGGAUGUCCUACGAUGUGUCCAAGGGAAAUGCACAGAAGGAUUCAGUUUUAAGAACAGAAUACACCUCUCCCAUGAAAAGUCUGGAAACCCCUCUCUAAUAAUGUCUCCUGUUCUGUACAAUGAUGAAGGCUGGUACGAAGCCAGGUGUGGUUUAGAAUUUCUUUGUAAAUUUCACUUGGAAGUUUUCGUACCCACUACUGUGAAUGUCUCAGUCAGAGGCAACGUCACACUACCCUGCUACGCACGCACAGAGAAAAAUAUCGCAGAUGAUGCUGUGAACAUCCUGUGGAAAAAAGAUGACCAAACUGUAUUGCAGGUUCAAAAAGGACUUAUAAACUAUGGCUCUGGUUUUAGAGGCAGGGCAUCAGUUGCACUACAUCACUAUAAGGAUGGAGACCUUUCCCUUAACAUGCUCAGGGUCACCACAGCAGAUAAGGGAUUGUACCGGUGCUAUCACAACACAGAUGAUGAACAUGGCUAUCCUGCUGCUGUCACUCUCAGCGUUACAGCUCAUCAAAAGCUCUGUGUAAAAAAGUUUGGUGAUAAUCUCACCCUGGACCUGUUCGGCUCUGACUCUGUGACUGUAACGUUCACCGGUUCUGGUGCAAAGGAGACCCAGGUUUGCAGUGUGACAGGAAACAACACUACAUGUUUCUUCGACUAUAAUAACAGAGUAUCUGUCAUGAAAUACUCCCUCGUGCUGAGAGGAUUAACUCUCUCUGAUGGAGGGACAUUUACUGUGAAAGACAACAUGGGUGAAGUCAUUAGUAUCAACACUGUCACUGUCGAGGGUGUGGCCCGGAACCGUUUCUUUGUGGCUCUGUUAGCAUUGCCUGUUUUUCUCAUCCUUUUCAUUGGUCUAUUCCUUUGGCGUAAAUAUCAUAGAACGUCACAAGUGCCAGAAAAUCACUUUUAUUAUAAUGCCAGAGAGUCUACAGUGGUUAUAGAGUCUGCAUACAUUGGAGUGCCACAACAAGAAACCAACCCAAAUAUCUCAGGGGAUGUUGAAGAUUAUCCAGGCCUAGCAGUAGAGGAGACCAUGCCUGUGAUACCAACCACUGAGAAGCAGGACAGCACUGAUGAAAACAUGUAACAUCUCAAUCAGAACAAAAAUGCCCAAACCAAUUAAAAUUUCAAUUAGGUUGCUUUCUCAGAAUUCUCAUCAGCACACAUUUAAUUUUGGGCAUGGGAAUGGAGAUUUUUACUACUUAAUAUAAGCAUUAUACUUGUAUGUGCUUGUCAUCUCCUAACUAGACCCCCCCCCCCCC